UAAAUAAGAAAGUCAGUAUAUAAGUAACAGCAGUGUCAGUUUAAAAAUCAGUUGAUUUCAAACCUUAAUACAAACUUUCAAACUUCAAUUAAAAACCAAAAAGGAAAUAAUAUGGCAAAAUUAUUCCAAAAUAUUUUCAUUGUGUUUGUCGUUGUUGUCGCAUUUGUAGCAGCCACACAGGCCGAAGAUUGUGGAGAAAACAAAGAGUUUAAUACAUGUGGCUCUGCCUGCCCCGAUAGAUGUGGUGAAUCUGGUAUGAGAGCCUGCACCAUGCAGUGUGUUGUUGGUUGCCAGUGCAAACGCGGUUAUAUGCUCAAUUCCAAAGACGAAUGUGUUCUUCCAGAAGAUUGUUAAUUAAAGGAUUUUUUUAAAUAAUAUUCCAAAAUAAUAUGUAAAUAUACAUAUACUUACUUACAUAUAUAUGUAUAUAAAAAAUAAAAAAAUGUUCAUAUAACAAUUA